GGUCGAGUUUCUCCGUCCUCUCAAACUGUUCGGCGUCUACCCAAGCAAGCAGAUGGAGUAAAGGGGGGACAGGUUGAAAAGGGCUGGACCCGCUGCAGGCUUGAACAAUCGAACUCUGUUGGUCGCGAGAUUGUAACUGAAGCCGACACAAACUGGAAGGGCUCAGCACGGCGUGGGUGCCCAGGGAUCCUCUGCCUGAGUGUGUGGAGAGUAGCGGUCGAAACCCUAACGACAUGAACCACACUAAGGGCGGCCUGGUUAUCUUCACCGCCAAUUCGCAUCCCUCCAGCCGUGAGUUGGGCAAGAGGAUUGCAGAGCGAUUAGGGGUGGAGCUGGGCAAGGUGCAGGUAUACCAGGAAGCCAACAGAGAAACACGUGUACAAAUCCAAGAGUCUGUGCGAGGGAAGGAUGUCUUUGUGAUUCAGACUGUGUCCAAAGAUGUUAACACGACUAUAAUGGAGAUGCUGAUCUUGGUGUAUGCGUGCAGGACAUCUUGCGCAAAAAGCAUCACUGGCGUCCUCCCCUACUUCCCGUACAGUAAACAGUGCAAAAUGAGAAAGAGGGGCUCUAUUGUCUCUAAGCUUAUUGCCUCCAUGAUGUGUAAAGCAGGUCUCACACACCUGAUCACUAUGGACCUCCAUCAGAAGGAAAUUCAAGGCUUUUUCAACAUCCCAGUGGAUAACCUAAGAGCGUCGCCCUUUUUGUUGCAGUACAUCCAAGAAGAGAUCCCUGAUUACAGAAAUGCUGUGAUUGUGGCCAAAUCCCCUGCUUCUGCCAAAAGGGCCCAGUCAUUUGCUGAGCGCCUACGUCUCGGUAUUGCGGUGAUCCACGGCGAAGCUCAGGAUGCCGAGUCCGACCAGGUUGACGGACGACACUCACCACCCACUGUCAAGACCACCGGUGCAAUUCAUCCAAGCAUGGAGAUCCCAUUGUUGAUACCCAAAGAAAAGCCCCCCAUCACCGUGGUAGGAGAUGUAGGAGGCCGCAUCGCUAUCAUAGUGGAUGACAUCAUCGAUGACGUUGACAGUUUUGUGGCGGCGGCAGAGACGUUGAAGGAACGAGGGGCCUACAAGAUCUUCAUCAUGGCAACACACGGAAUCCUCUCCUGCGACGCCCCCAGAUUCAUAGAGGAGUCCGCCAUCGACGAAGUGGUGGUGACCAACACGAUCCCUCACGAACUGCAGAAGCUUCAGUGUCCCAAGAUCAAGACUGUGGACAUCAGCAUGAUCCUGUCGGAGGCCAUCCGACGCAUUCACAACGGAGAGUCCAUGUCCUAUCUUUUCCGCAACAUAGGAGUGGAUGACUGAAUGAUCUGCACGCACACACACACGUACUGUUACAUGCCAUUUGCCUUGUCUGACCUCAAAAGUGUACACUGUAUAUACACUGAUGUCCUCCAUGUUUCGUUACCUUUUAAUGUAGAAGCAACCCAUUCUUAGUGUUCACACAUACUACUCCCUAAAAGUUAGCGAUGUUGGGCCUUCAGAUUAAAUUUCUGCCCGAAUCUAAAAUGUGAAACAGUUGCUACUUUGCUGGCAAUAAUAAAAAUCAGCUUACCCUCCCGAAAGGUUUGAAUUGCCUCUAAAGGGCAAAAGAUGGUGGGAAAGGGUGACCAGAGCAACUCUCUAGAUCAAGGCACGGCAAAUUAUUGCUUUUGCCUGUUCACAAAAACAGUGAACAAGUGACUUUUAAUGGAGGAUAGGUUCUAAAACAACAACUGAAUUUGACCUCUCAACUUUUGAAUGCACAGCUCACUUCAAUGAUUCAGUACUUUUUGCACAAUGUUCAGCAGAAGCUGAAUUCCACACUACAACAGGAGUUUGGUCCACGACUGGAGCAGUACACUACCUGGUUCACUUAGAAUUGUUUUUGGAAACGUUGCUUUUCAAUGUCGGUUUCACAUCUUCGCAACAUGAGACCAAGGUGAGGUUUAGCUAUUGAUCACUAUGACCUCUCCUCACAUUAGCAGGUUACAACAGAAAUGCAAGGAGACUGGAAGAGUCACAGAAAUGACAUCCUUUGGGGGGGGGGCUUAUUUUCCCAUUCAGCUCCUGGUUACAGAACAGCAAGUUGUGCUAAAAGAAUUGAAACAUGAGAGUUGGGUAGUGCAUUUUUGGUCAACCCUGAUAUUUGAUCCAGAGGCCAAAUGUCCUGAAAUUUUUCGAGUAAUCGAGAUGACUGACAGAACCCAACACAAAGUAGUACUUUUCUUCCACACAGUUUCAUCCUCUUGAUGUCACUCGUGUUUCAAGUAAAAUGGCUGUCAUAGCAGUCUCACAUCUCACUCCUUCGUUUCUUCUUUCUGCGCAUGAAUCUCCCCUCCAUGGCAAUUGUUAGCGUUGUCCUCUUUCUUUACAUUAUUUGUAGUAUUUAUCGUUCCCGCAAAGCAGCCCAAUACAACUUUUACAUUUUUUUUUUUUUAUGUAGAAGCAAGCAUUGAAUUUUCAGGGAUAUAUUAUUAUAACAGGAACUGUUUUGUUUUGCGUCUGUUUUUCUCUCAGCAGUCGGGGUGACAUUUGUAGCAGAGGUUGCUGGUAAAUGAGCAAGGUGUCUUUAGAAUUAUUGUUAGUGAUUAAUGUCCACCAAGGAAGAUUGUAUCACACAAAUGUGAGUGCCUUUGGGCAGAACAUGCUUGCACACACACACACACACACACACAGACAAACGCAGAGAGGCACGAGUCCUUCACCAGAUCUUGGAAUAAAUCAGGUUUUUGAGUA